UAGGCAGUAGGAGAGUAGAGAUCAGGGUGUGUGAUGUUUGAAGGAGGGACUCCAUCGUUUAGAGAAGUGAGUAGUUCCUAGUUUGCCGGUAAAGACGGAAGAGAAGAAACGUUAAACCAUCAGAGCCUCACUGAAAGCCACAUGAACAUGAAAGUCCAUCACACUUUGAUCUGCUUCUUCUUCCUCACACUGCAGGAUGGAAACACUGGUCUCAUCAAUGCAGAAAUCCUCGUAAAGGAGGGAGGAAACAUCACACGUACAUGUUUCUUCACUUUCUCUGGAGGCAGGAAGAUCUUCUGUAAGGAAGAAUGUGAAGAACAAGACAUCCUCGUUGAAACAGCUGGUGACAGAGCUCAGAGUGGCAGAUACAGCAUUGAAUAUAAAAAAGGAUCUUUUCCAGUAUCUGACACACUUCUGUAUGUGAGCAUCAAAAAUCUGACCAAGUCUGACUCAGGACGGUACAGAUGUAGAUUGACCAGAUUUUUGUUUCCAGAUUCAUAUGAGGAGUUUGACAUCAGAGUUGAAGAUGAUCCAACCACUUCUAAACCAAACUGGACUCCCAGACCUUUGUCAACAUCAGUCCCAUCAGCCUCCACACUGACGACAACACAGAGUUUGAGCACCAGUUCAAAAAGCUCCACACCUUCAUCAGCCUCUCCUGAAGCCACCAAGCAGACUCAUCAGGAACAUAGAACACCAGCUGCAGGUCCAGGAAGUGUUAAUGUAAAACCAACACAUUCUACUGCUCAAACAGCGACAGGCGUGCCGCUGUAUGUGGGUCUGAUUCUGGUCGCCAUGAUCAUCUUAUUAUCAGCGGCUGUGCUGAUAUUCUGCAGGAAGAGGACCAAAGAACCUCCUGUAGAAAGCGAGUAUGCUAAUGUCACAAAGCCUAAUCCAAUGUAUGAGGAGAUCAGAGAUGAAGACAGACAGAGCAGAUCUUCUCCUGUAGAAAUAUCCACAGUUUACACUUACGCUAAAUACACCAAACCAAAUGGAGUUGAAACCACAGACGAUGACUACAGCUUUGUCACUGCAGCCAGUUCUCAGAAGACAACUGAAGACAACUCGAAUGAACUCAAUUAUUCUCAGGUGGAUUUUUCCAAAGCUGCAGCUGCCUCGCUCAACAGCUCCCCCUGUGGUAAAGCAGAUAAUGUCCUCUACUCUGUGCCGCGGGUAGAAGCGAGCUUGGAUGGCAGGCAAGCCGAAGACACUUCUCCUCCUCUGUACUCUACUGUUAGUUAACAUCAGCAGUAGCUUCAUUUACUCUCACAGGUGAACGCCAAACAUGUUAAAGCUUCAAGUUAGAACAACUUUUACAAUUUCUUUCAGCUUAUCUUAAAUAUUUGUGUUGAAGAUAUGAAAGUUUAAUUAAAAUUAAGUUGUUUUGGCUAAGCUAAAUAUUACUUAUUUAACUAAAGUGCAAGUUAAAAUUAAAGAAGUAUUUGUUGUCCAGAGAGGCUGCUAAGCCCAGUUAUGUUGCCCGCUCCCCCAACUCCGGCUUGACACCCUCGAUCUCCUCGCUGUCCUGCAGCAGCAUAAUGUUGCUUAAACUCAGGUGGCAUGCUAGCCAACAAAACUAGACAGCAACUGAUGCAAGAGCACUUAACAGCAACGUUACUGGGUCCGAGUUAUCUAGUAAGUAUGCUAACAAUCAGUAUUGGAUCGGUGCGUCCCUAACAAUGUUUGCUAUCGAUAGUAGUAGCUUGUCGCUAUAUCAUGCGAUUGAUUUGCCUCCUCCUGCACUAACAGCCAGUUUAGUUUCACACUUUGGGGAAAAUAGUUCUGAAUGAAAACUGUUCACAGAUCUGAAAGUUUCACUGAUUAAAUCCACUCAGCAUGGGUUAACUCCAGGAUGCUUAGGGUUUUAAUCUUUUCAGUGAACUGCAAUGUUAUUUUGGAAAACUAUUAUGUUGAUUUACUUCGGUGAAAUUAACAGUAAACUAUGUCAGUUAUGUUAAAUGUUCUUGGUGACAAAUUGUCGGUGACAAAAUUUUAAAAUGGUUUUACAGUAACUGAAAAUGUUGUGAAACAGCAACUAGCUGCUGAAAAAAAAAAAGACAAUUCUAUAAGUUCUUUGUGUUUUUUUGCAUCAACAGUAAUGUGUAAAUAUAUGUUAUUGCUGUUAGAUACUGUUUUCAUGCCUCAUCGUUCUUAAUUAUUAACUUUUUAACUUAAGGAAAGUUUACAAUUCUUAAUCCUUUUUUUCCACCAAAAUAAAAUAUUUGUAUGCGUUACUGUAAUAUUAUUUCUUUUUCCAGUAAUGAGUAGUGUAAGGGAUUACUAUUUACAAACAGUAAUAGCCUAAUAUUACAGUUACUAAUCCAAGUAACGCUGCAUUACCAGAGCACGAUUUGGUUUGUUUUCUUUGAUGUGUGCGCAAUUGCGUGGCAGGUCAAAGCACUUUAAGUCGAGAAGCUCAACCUUAUGUUGUUCAAGUGAUUUGUUUUCACAAAAAGCCUAAAGAAAAAUAGGGGAGAUAGGCAGGGCCGGUGGAUAAGGCUUAAGCCUACCCAAAAAUUCCUUCCUAAAAGAUAUGUGAACAGGAUGCUGUCCUUGGUAUUGUAUUGUGCACAAUUAGGCUAAAAUAAAUACAAACGUCGGUGUCUUCCUUGUUUUGCCUUCAUUAGCCUACUGUUUGUGUCGCUAUGACCACCAUCUUGUGCUUGUGUUCGUUUAUGUUUUGUGAAUGAGCUCUGGUUGUUGGUUUGGUUAACCAAUAGGCUACAAGGCAGUGGAAUUGGGGUGGAGAGUAAAAAAAUCUGAUAUAUAAAAUAUAUUUUUAACAAAAACAUAACUUGCAUUUAAUAACUGAGAAUUCAGUUUAUGUUUUCAUCUUAAUUUUAUUUUUUAUUUUUUUUAAGCUCAAACUCAAACAGAGCAUGCCUAAAUUUCUUGGUAAAGAUCUCUAACAAGCCAGACAGUCAGUUCACCUCACAUUGACAAGAUGGAUAUUCUGAUAUUUUUCAAAGGAAAAGACAAAGUUGGAAACCAUACCGCCAGCAGCGCUAGCAACACUGGAGCAACAGUUAAUGAUAGUGGAUGUCUAAGCUAUUUAACAUUGAAAAGGUUGGCCUCCAUUUCAGCACAGCUGAGCAGCUCUCACAAGGCUGCUGUUCAGACCAACAGGGAGUUUGCUGCCGUUGUCGUUGAUAUGUUGCUGUAUUUUGGCAAGCAAGGGCUAGCUCUACGAGGGCAUGAUGACAGUUCAGCCAAUCGCGGGAAUUUUUUUGAGAUGUGCAAAUGGUAUUCAAAGCAUAACGAGGCUUUCGGUGCCAGGUUGAAUUCCCCUUUCACGGGGACUCAUCAGCCGUCCAAAAACACUCAGAAGGAGUUAGGCAUCACAGCCGAGCUAACAGCACUUAGUGAAACUAGAUGGGCAUGCAGAUGGAAGAAUGUGUCUGCAGUGAAAGAGUCAAUGAACGCCCUGACGUCCACCCUGUCCGGGCUGUCUGUGCCACCUCACCGGAGGUUUGCGUCUGGUCUGCUCACUGCGGUGACGCGAUUUAAGUUCUGUGUCUGUCUUAUUACUUUCCAUCAGUUACUCAGCGUGGUCCAUGUCACACACAAGGCUCUUCAGGUAAAGGAAUCGACGUUGGCUAUGGCCGCAAGUGUUGUGGAGUCCAUGAUCAGAUGUUUUGAAUAAAUGAGGACCGAGCAACACUGGGAUGGCCUUUGGAAAGAAAUCGGAACAUUCUGCAAGUCAGGUAGUGUUUGUAUGGAUGAAAACAACACAAGACCACACAAGAGCGGCUGUGGCUCAGGAGGUAGAGCGGGUUGGCUGUUAAUCGGAAGGUUGGCGAUUCAAUCCCGGCUUUCCCCCAGGUCGAAGGCAAGAACCCCGAAUUGUGUGUGAAUGUUAGAUUCUGGUUGAGCGUAUGUGUGUGAAUGCGGAUGUAGAGUAAAAGCGCUUUGAGUGGUCGAAAAGACUAGAAAGGCACUAUAGAAGUACGGAGCAUUUACAUUUACAAGAGGCCUGUCAAGCAGCCAGCUGCACUUGGCACCAAACAGCAGACGUUCAAAGCAUGAAACAGAACUGGACAAAGGAUUUAUUCUUACUGGAUACUCUAAUUGGGGAGUGUUCAGCAAGGUUUAUGGAUAUUGCAAAAAGUGUAGAUCCAGUGUUGAGAUGUGACAACAACCAUGCAAGGAGUCUGCUCAGCCAAUAUGCAAACGUGCUCUCCAUCAACCCCCUGCAUAUUGCUACAUUAAGGUAAGACUUGGUUUUUGUUAAAAUGACAAGUACACUUGUGACAAGGACUGGAGGACUGUGUUACUGAUUUCUGAUUUCUGUCUAUAACAGAACAGGUGUUCAUCAGUCUGGCUUGUUAAGAGACUAAACCCUUCCAUUGAUCUUAAUGUAUCACAAAGACUACGGUCUCGACCUUCUAAAUGUAUAAAUGGUAAAUAAGUAAUAUUUAUAAAACAUUAAAUUUAAUCUUAUAUGCAUACUUCAAUCCAUGGCAAAAGAAAAUGCUGUAUGUAUUGCCAUUACUUUGAAUUUGUCAAAAUCUAACAGGCAAAGAACUUUGUUGUCCGUCGUAAACUUAUUAACUUAUUAACUUAUUAAAAAAUAUUUAAACUGUGAAAAAGUCUGCAUCUAACAUAUUGAAGCAUAAAGCAGCACAGCAACGUGGAAGACACUCACUGGGAGGCUGCUGCUGCCAGUGAUGCAUGCACUUGUUGGGAGAGAGUGACUUUAAGCAAUGUUUUUUUUGUAAAAACUGAAUACUGCUUUUAUAAAUGUAGAUGCAGGAAUACAGUAGUUCCACGGGGCGGGGGUAGUGAAAGUAAUAUAGCAACGUAACAAGUAAGGCUUUAACGAUUGAAAUGUGGGAAUAUGUCUUUCGGCAUCAUACUGUAAAAUUUCUCAAUACGUUAAUUCUAUUAUAUAGACUAAUGCAACAACUUUUUGAGUGACUUGCUUAAUUUUUUUUAUUUCAGCCAGUGGCGUUGUUAAGAAAUGUUAUGUUUUGUAAAAAUCCCACUCCUUGCUACUGUUAUGAAUAUGCUAUUAGUUAGAAAGUCGGGAGAGACUUCCUUUGUUUAUUUUUUUUGUUAAAUACUGUAUAUACAUAGUCUGUACUAGUUUGAGAUGCUGUAAUUUUUUCAGUUUGGUUGAUUGUCGACUCCUAAUGAACUGAUCCAGUAAAGUGGAUUAAUUUCUAAAAUAAGCUGCUGAACAGGUUGUCUGACACUUUUUAGGAAGGAGGUUAGAGGGUUAGUGAAAUAAAUACAGUAACGUAAUGAGUACUUACUUUUAAUACCCAGUAAUAAGUAAAGUAAUAUUAAUUUUUGAAGGUGUAAAAAGUAACAAGUAACUUACUACAAUUUCUGAGUAACUUGCCCAACCCACUGUUCAGAAAAUACAGCACCACUCAAAAGUUUCGACACACCAUUCAAUGUUCAAUUUUUAUUUGUUAGUUUCUUCAUUGCAUUAAUACUUAAUACUGAAGACAUAUACUCUGAAAGAACACAUUUAGAAUUAUAAGUAAACAAAAAAGUGAUAAACAAACCAGAAUAUGUUAUACAUUUGUGAUUCUUCAAAGUAGCCACCUUUUGCUCUGAUGAAAGAGUUGCACACUCUUGGCAUUCUCUCAGUCAGCAUCUUGAAUAACAAUGAAGAAAAAACAUUUGAGUCAGAAUGUGUGUCGAAACUUUUGACUGGUAGUGUAAAUAGUCAAUAUUCAUUUAUUCGCCAAACUACAGCAUGUUUUUCACUUUGGUAAAAGAAUGAAUUAGAAGCAAUAAUUUACAAAUUUUUAAUGAAAAUAAACUCGCCAUGAAUUAAAACUAACUGUUUAAACAG